AAAUAAGUACGUCAAAUUUGACAUAUUGCAUUUGGCAUUUGACGAUUUGUUGACGGCCGAAGUUGAGAUUUUUUCAAAAGUUUGGUUGUGUAAAUAAAUACACUGUUUUUAAUUAAUAAUGAAUAAACCUUGGGUGUCUAGAAAAAUGGCUACAAAGACGAAAAUAAGAAGUACUAAAGCACAGGUAAAAUAUAUUAUCCAAUAUAUGCUGCAAAAUAAGGACUUCGCACGAGGCGAAUGGAAAACGCCGCAACGCGCUGCCCAAUUUGAACUACAAUGGGCAGAACUGAAAGCUGCACUAGACGAAUUGGGGCCGCAUCGGUCUGUGGAGCAGUGGAAGACGUGUUGGAGGGAUCAAAAGCGUAAAGCGAGAGCAGAAGGACGUGAUCUCAGCAAAUCCACCGAUGCUACUGACAAUGCUAGCACCACUCCAGGGUUAUCAGAGAACCUCAGCUUCAUGAGGAAAGAGAUGGCCAUAGAAAUGGGAUGGGAUAGUCUUGCCGAAUCAAAUGGAUUGAAAGAAGAUAUGGAAAAUUACAUAAAGUAUAAUUUGGUUGGAGGACAGCUUAAACUAAAGAAGGGAGUUUUGCCUCAUAAAUUUGAAUGCCAAAAGCCUCAAAAAAAGCUCUCAAAUGACAACAGGCAAGAAGCUGGUUGCAGUUCCAAGUCAAAUAAUGAUGACGAUAACAUAGAAUCAGGCUAUGUGGAUAAAGAUGCAUCAGGAGAUGGCUUAGAUGUCUCAGAUAACUCUGAACAGGAAACUUUUGCUGAAAAACGUGUACAUGAAACUACAAAGCGAAAAUCGCCACUGCAACAAAUGACUUCCUCAGAUAAUUUUAAUGAACUAGUGGAACUAAAAAAAAAGAAAGCUAAGGUUGAAAUACAACUAAUGAAAGAGAAAGUGGAAAUAGCAAGAAGAGAAAAAUAUAAACUGGACUUGGAACUAUUGAAAAUGGAACGGGAGUUAGGGAUGAGUGAAUCCAUUUUCACUGCACCUUACGUUUCAGAAUAAAAAAGUAUUAAUACCUACAUAGAUAUAAAUAAUUAAAUUAAUAGUACAAAGGUGAUAAGUAAUUGUAGUAAUAAGUAUAAGACAAUGGUAAUUUAUAGAAUUUUAAUUAACAUGAAUGUUGCAUUAAAAUUUUCCAGCCAUUUCAA